UCUCGUCCUACUCUUUGAAGACUUUCGCUUACCCAAGUCCGUCUUAUAGAUGCCAUCAGGUGUUUCCAUAGCGGAUGAAUGCAUCAUCGCCUACAAGCAACUCCGUUCCGGAAGAGGGGCAAAAAAGCCAUCAUUUGUGAUUUACCGGAUCUCAGACGACCAAACCGCUGUUGUAGUUGAAGAAUCAUCUACAGAACAGGAUUUUGAGACCUUCCAUCAGAAGCUCUGCUCCACUGUGGAUAGCCGCGGCAACUCAGCCCCACGUUAUGCCGUUUAUGAUGUUGAGUAUGACCUUGGAGAAGAUGGCAAGCGGUGCAAGACAGUGUUUAUAAGUUGGGUGCCUGCUAGCACACCGCUGAAACUGUGUAUGCUUUACGCGAGCACUAAAGAGCAGCUGCGGAGCGCUCUUGAUGUCAAGUUAUCCAUCCACGCUGAUACACCUGAUGAGAUUGAAUGGAAGACCGUGCUAAGCGUGGCCAGUGGGGGUAAGGCUUGAGACAUGAACUAAGGAUUGUUGGUGCUAUAUCAGAAUGUAAUUUAAUUGGGUCGUCAUCUAAAUAAACUGAACUCUGCGUUAAUGUGGAAGCUUUCCCUAUGAACAACGCUUUUGAAUGCAUAGUUCUUGAUAGGCUGAAGCUGAUUGAGAGCCGAUGGACCGAUACCGUUAUGUUUAGUGCGUACAAUGUGUGGGUCUGGUAGAUGCCGUAGAAACUUUUGUU